AUGUAUGGCUCAUGGUCAAAAAAUGAAUUUGCUAAAGCAAUUAAAGGAUCAAAAAAUUUUAAAAUUAGUGCACUAUCCGAACAUGCUGAUACUAAGCAACAUGAAAAAGCUUUUCAAUUAGAAAAUCAAAAAAGGGCAAUGAAAACUGUUACAAAUAAUGCUAUUAAUAAAGCUCAUCAACAUAUUAUUCAAGUAAUAAAAUUGAUUUUUUGGUUAGCAUCUGAAAAUCUUCCUUUAAAUAAACUUAAAAGUUUUAUCAAUUUUUCACGAUUUAUUAGAGUGCCACAUAUUAAAGCUAGUAAUGAUAAUGGUUCAAUAUAUAAUAAUCAUACUACUAGUCUUGAAAUGUUAGAUGCUCUUGCUCAAACGAUCAAAAACAAAAUUUGGCAAGAUUUAGAAGCUUGUUCAGCUUUUGGAAUAAUGUUAGACGAAAGUACCUAUAUUGCAACUGAAUCACAUGUAAUAUUAUAUGUUAAAUAUUAUUUACAUGGGGUGAUAAAGAUUCGAUAUUUAAAACUAUUACAAUUAGAAAGUGCUAACGCACAAACAAUUUAUAAUACAGUAAUUGCAUUGUUUGAUAAAAAAA